ACCGAUUGGCACCAUUACACUUGCCUAAGUUGUGUCGAAGUUUUUGGCAAAGUUUUGUCUCAAAAGGAACAGCAACAACAACAAAAAAAAGAAAAAUAUGAAGCAUUUCCUACCACUGCUCGGUUUGGUGGCGCUGCUCGGUGCGGUCACAGCGGGACCGAUAUCGAUGAGCAACAACAACAUCGGGGACAUCGUGAAGGUUAACGUGGAUGCCGACGUCGAUAUCAAGAGCGAGAUCAACGUGGAGCUGGUGAAUGUGAUUGCCGAGCUGCUGCUGGAGCUGCGGGAUGUGAACGUGAACGUUUGCCGGGGAUCGUCCUCCGAAUCGUCAUCCUCCUCGUCUGAGGGCACCAGUGAGGAGACUAGUGAGGAGACUAGUGAGGAGACCAGCGAAGAAACUAGUGAGGAGACUAGCGAGGAGACUAGCGAGGAGACUAGUGAGGAGACUAGCGAGGAGACUAGCGAGGAGACUAGCGAGGAGACUAGCGAGGAGACUAGCGAGGAGACCAGCGAAGAAACUAGCGAAGAAACCAGCGAAGAAACCAGCGAAGAAACUAGUGAAGAAACCAGUGAAGAAACUAGCGAAGAAACUAGCGAAGAACUCAGCGAAGAAUUAAGUUCCACCACCAUCACUACCACCGGCACUUUGCCAACAACGGGACUGCCUGAUGCCAUGCCCUACCAGCAGUUGGUGCAGUCGCUCGUGAAGACCAAACCGGACGGUUACAAUGCGCCCGGCAUGACCAAGGAGCAAAAGGAGCAACUGUGGCGCCAGCAUGUGGAGCAGCUGGUCCAGAAGCACAUCGUCGAUCGUCAACCAUAAACAAGACCGUUGGCAGUGAAAACUGAUGAAACGCCGAGAGCGUAAAUAAUAAAUAAACAUUAAAACAUUA